UGUUGCCAAGAGCUGCGCCGGUCUAACCUCAUGGUCAUACUGGCUUCUUGGACGCUAUCUCUAAUUUCUUCAGUCUGAAGGAGCAUGGUUUUUCUGUGUAUAAUUACGUGUGUGACUGAGACAGGAGGCGACUAAUGCAUCCUCGCUGCAGGCCGGCCGAUUCAAACAAACAUUAGCUGAUGUUGCACUAAUAUAUUAUAACCCCCAGCGUGAUACAGACCACAUGCCCUUUCUCAGGUUCGUUGCUCUCACUCCUCUUCAGUACAUCUAGCUAGGCAUGGUCCCUCUAUAUAUGAACACGCUACCAUGAACCAAGUGCUCAUCCAGGACACGAGCAAAAAAAUGCCUCGUCUAGCCACACAUAAGCUGCUUCUGCGGCUUGUUUUCACCAUCAUUCCUUUCGUAAUCCUUCUUCCCUGCAUGCACUCCACUGAUCUGGAUGCACUUCUCUGCCUCAAGUCCCAGCUCUCUGACCCCUCACGAGCGCUAGCUUCUUGGAGCAACGCGUCUCUCACGCCCUGCGGUUGGCAAGGAGUGAGAUGCAGCACGCUUAACGUGUCUCGCGUGGUUUCAUUAGACCUCGCGUCACUAAAUCUCACGGGCCAAAUAUUUCCCUGUGUUGCGGAGCUUGAUUUCUUAGACCGAAUCCACAUGCCAGAUAACCAUCUCAAUGGCCACAUCUCCCCCGACAUCGGCCGGUUGACCCGGCUUACAUACCUCAACCUUAGCGUGAACUCCCUGGGUGGUGCCAUCCCUGAUGCCAUAUCUUCCUGUUCUCAACUCGAGACCAUAAGCCUGGAGAGCAACUCCCUUGAAGGUGAGAUCCCUCAAGCUCUCGCUCAGUGUUUGCUUCUCCGGCAAAUUGUUCUCAGCAACAACAAUCUUCAGGGAAGCAUCCCAUCCAGGUUCGGUUUGCUUCCCAACCUUUCUGUGCUAUUUCUCACUAGCAACAUGCUCACUGGAAACAUUCCAGAGUUUUUAGGGAGUAGCGGUUCUCUCAUGUUAGUGAAUCUAAGAAAUAACAGCCUCGGUGGAGGAAUCCCUCCUGCCCUGUUCAAUAGCACAACCAUUUCCUACAUAGAUAUGUCGCAUAAUAACCUUUCAGGAUCUAUCCCGCCUUUCCUUCAAACCUCUUCACCACUGCAAUACCUCUCACUAACUAAAAACUACCUCUCUGGGGGCAUUCCUUCUUCAAUUGGAAACAUGUCUUCCCUGUCUUCCCUUCAGCUUGCUCAAAACAACUUCCAAGGAAGCAUUCCAGACAGCUUAGGUAAGAUAUCAGGUUUGCAAGUACUAAACUUGAAAGAUAACAAUUUGUCGGGCAUUGUGCCUCUAGCAAUUUACGCAAACACUUCCCUUACUUAUCUUAGCCUUAGUCUCAAUCAACUUGUUGGUAGAAUUCCUGCGGACAUUGGCUACACUCUUCCAAACAUCACUGAGUUGAUACUAGGAGGAAACCAAUUGGAUGGCCCAAUUCCCGCUUCAUUGGGCAACGCAUCAAACCUCCACAAUUUAGACCUUCGUCAAAAUUCACUCACUGGUGUUAUUCCUCCAUUGGGACACUUAAGCAAGUUGAAAAUCUUAGAUGUGGGAACAAACAUGCUUAAAUCUGGAGAUUGGACUUUCUUGUCUUCUCUAAAAAAUUGUACUAAACUAAAGAUGUUAUGUUUGGAUUUUAAUGGCCUUGGGGGGACAAUUCCUACCUCUUUUGGGGAUCUUUCAAACAACCUAGAGGUGCUUCUCCUAUCUGACAACCAACUGAUAGGUGAAAUACCUUCGGCAAUAGGAAAACUCAAAGGCCUAACAGCUCUUGUAAUGCAAAUUAAUUCACUGUCAGGGCGCAUUCCUGAUACCCUUGGAAAUCUUCUGAAUAUAUCACUACUAAGCUUAUCCCACAACAAACUUUCCGGAGAAAUCCCACAGUCGAUUGGGAAACUAGAGCGACUCACCGAACUUUAUCUCAUGGAAAAUAAUUUGACUGGUCAAAUUCCUCCUAGUUUGGAAGGCUGUAAAAAUUUGUUGUUGCUGAACCUUUCAUCCAAUAAUUUAUAUGGAAGCAUUCCAUCAGAACUCUUUUCCAUCUCAACACUUUCUAAAGGCUUGGAUCUUUCCUAUAACCGACUCAGUGGGAACAUACCUUCUCAGAUAGGUAGUUUGAUGAAUUUGAACUCACUUAGCAUAUCCAACAACCGAUUAUCUGGUGAGAUACCUUCCGCACUCGGCCAAUGCCUUCUUUUGGAAUCUCUCUCUUUGGAGGAAAAUUUGUUGCAAGGAAAAAUUCCAAAGUCUCUUGGGACUUUAAGAGGAAUCAAUAUGAUGGAUCUAUCUCAAAAUAACUUGUCUGGUGAAAUACCAAAAUUUUUGGAGUCAUUUACCUCCUUAUAUGUUCUAAACCUAUCCUUCAAUGACUUUGAGGGACCAGUCCCGAAAGGUGGUGUUUUCGCCAAUUCAAGUGCGGUGUUCAUCCAAGGAAACAAAAAAUUGUGUGCAAGUUCUCCAUUGCAACAAGUGCCACUUUGCACCACAUUAGAUUACAAAAGGAAGAAGACCACACAUGUUGUAACUAUAGUGGUUCCACUUACUACUAUUAUUGUAAUUGCCUUGGCAUGCCUUGCAUUCAUUCUUCUGAAGAAUAGAGGUAUUGAAACUGAAGGGCACGUCACCCAGUCCUUCAGGGAGCAUAAUAGAUACUCAUACAUGGAUUUAUAUAAAGCAACAGAUGGUUUCUGUUCAUCCAGUAUUGUUGGUUCAGGAAGCUUUGGAGUGGUAUACAAAGGCCAUUCUGAAUUUCAAUCCAUUGCCAUUAAGGUAUUCAAGCUUGACCAACUUGGAGCAUCAAAGAGUUUCUUCGCUGAAUGUGAUGCACUAAGAAACAUUCGCCACCGGAAUUUGAUUAGGGUGAUUAGUUUAUGCUCAACCACUGAUCCAAGAGGAAAUGAAUUCAAAGCACUUAUUCUUGAGUACAUGGAACAUGGUAACCUAGAAAGUUGGUUGUAUCCAAAAGAAAACAAAGCCAACCCAAAAGGACCAUUGAGUUUGGGCUCAAGGAUAACAAUAGCUAUGGACAUAGCUGCUGCAUUAGAUUAUCUCCAUAAUCGAUGCAGUCCUCCUUUGGUUCAUUGUGAUUUGAAACCACGCAAUGUCCUUCUGGGUGAAGAAAUGGUUGCAUGUCUUGGUGACUUUGGACUCGCAAAAUUUCUUCAUGGAGACUCUUCAACGGGAGCUAAUAAGUCCUCAAAUAUUGUUGGGCCGAGAGGAUCAGUUGGAUAUAUUGCACCUGAAUAUGGCAUGGGGUGCAAGGUCUCAAUAGAGGGUGAUAUCUAUAGCUACGGAAUUAUUCUUUUAGAGAUGAUCACAGGAAAGCAUCCAACAGAUGGCAUGUUUAAGGAUGGUAUGAACCUUCACAACUUUGUGGAAGCAGCACUUUCACGGGAAAUUGGUGAAAUCUUAGAACCAAGUUUUGUCACAUGUGAUGGAGAAGGAGGAGAAAAUCUUCUAAUGGCUGAAACAAAAUGGUGUGUCACUCGACUAGCAAAACUUGGCCUAAAGUGCUCUGAGAUUUCAGCAAAGAGUCGGCCGACAACAGAGGAUGUUUAUGCUGAAAUCAUCAGCAUCAAAGAAAAUUUUAUAUCAUUGCAGCAUAGACAAAAUAAAUUAACAUCAUCGUUGUAACUCACCUCUAGAUAUUUCAGUUAGAAAUAGCAUGGUCAUAUAC